UCGAGCCCGUGAAGCGCGCUCACCGUCCCUGCCUCGCGAGCCUUGGUGAAAGGAUUUGGCGCCAGGCGGGUCCCUUUCUGCAGCUGCCGCAGCCACACGAUCCAGCCACCUACGCCCAGACCGCAUCGAGUCUUUGCCGUCGCCGCCGCCGCCAUGAGCUGCUCGCCGGUGAACGUGAAAAAGUUGAAGGUGUCGGAACUCAAGGAGGAGCUGAAGAAGCGGCGCCUCUCUGACAAGGGCCUCAAGGCCGACCUCAUGGAGCGGCUCCAGGCCGCGCUCGACCAGGAGGAGGCCGGCGGGGGAGGCCUAGCUAGCGCCGAGCCCGGCAACGGCAACGCAGAGGAGAUGGGGGAGGCCGCUCCGGGCAGCGCGGGCUCCCAGGAGCAGCUUCCCUCGGGAGGGGAAGGCUCUGACCAGGCCGCGGCCUGCGAUGACGACGAGGAGGCCGAGUUCGGCGCCUGCCAAGGGGAAGAGGAGGAGGAGGAGGGCAUGGAGCUGGGCGAGGAGAAUGGCGAGGGGGUGGCCGCCGGCGAGGAGGAAGCGGCCGACGAUCUUGAGGACGACGAGAAUGGCGACGACCAGGGCUUCCAAGAGGGCGAGGACGAGGAGGAAGAGGCCACGGCUGCGGCCGCCGCCACUAGCAGCGGGAACGCCAACGGCCAUGGCGCCCAGCAACAGGGCGGUGCGGCGAAGGAGGCGCCCGGGAAAGGGGCCGGUGCCGCCUCGGAGGCCUCGGCUUCGACUCCUGCGCCCUCGGCCCAGCCCGGCGCUAAGCAGCUUUCGCCCGCUCAGCAGCAGAAGCCCGGAGGAGGGCCUGCUCGCCCCGGGGGAGAAGCUAAAACUGAACAAAAACCUGGUGAGAAAAAAAGGGGAGUGAAAAGGCCACGUGAAGACCAUGGACGAGGGUAUUUUGAGUAUAUUGAAGAGAACAAAUAUAGCAGGGCUAAAUCUCCACAACCACCUGUUGAAGAGGAGGAUGAACACUUUGAUGACACUGUGGUUUGUCUUGAUACUUAUAAUUGUGAUCUACACUUUAAAAUUUCAAGAGACCGUUUUAGUGCUUCCUCACUGACUAUGGAAAGUUUUGCCUUUCUUUGGGCUGGAGGAAGAGCUUCCUAUGGAGUUUCCAAAGGAAAAGUCUGUUUUGAGAUGAAGGUAACUGAAAAGAUCCCUGUCAAGCAUCUGUAUACAAAAGACAUUGACAUACAUGAAGUGAGAGUUGGCUGGUCACUGAACACAAGUGGGAUGUUGCUUGGUGAGGAAGAAUUUUCUUAUGGAUACUCCUUAAAAGGCAUAAAGACAUGCAAUUGUGAGAUUGAAGAUUUUGGUGAGAAAUUUGAUGAAAAUGAUGUGAUCGGAUGUUUUGCUAAUUUUGAUGGUGAUGAAGUGGAACUCUCUUACUCAAAAAAUGGACAGGAACUUGGAGUUGCUUUCAAGAUCAGUAAGGAAGUUCUUUCUGGAAGGCCCAUUUUCCCGCAUGUUCUCUGCCAUAACUGUGCAGUUGAAUUCAACUUUGGGCAGAAAGAUGAGCCCUAUUUCCCCAUACCAGAGGGGUACACCUUCAUCCAGAAUGUUCCCUUGGACGAUAGAGUUAGAGGACCCAAGGGACCAGAACACAAGAAAGAAUGUGAAGUGGUGAUGAUGAUUGGCUUGCCUGGGGCUGGGAAGACUACAUGGGUCACUAAACAUGCAGCAGAAAACCCUGGAAAAUACAACAUCCUUGGAACAAAUACUAUUAUGGACAAAAUGAUGGUUGCAGGUUUUAAGCGGCAGAUGGCUGAUACAGGAAAACUUAACACACUGUUGCAGAGAGCACCACAGUGUCUUGGCAAGUUUAUUGAGAUUGCUGCUCGUAAGAAACGGAACUUUAUUCUGGAUCAGACAAAUGUGUCUGCAGCUGCGCAGAGGAGAAAAAUGUGCCUGUUUGCAGGCUUCCAGCGCAAAGCAGUUGUUGUUUGCCCAAAAGAUGAAGACUACAAGCAAAGAACACAAAAGAAGGCAGAGGUGGAGGGAAAAGAUCUUCCAGAGCAUGCAGUGCUCAAAAUGAAAGGAAAUUUUACUCUGCCAGAGGUGUCAGAAUGUUUUGAUGAAAUCAACUACGUAGAGUUGCAAAAAGAUGAAGCCCAGAAGCUUCUGGAGCAGUACAAAGAAGAAAGCAAAAAGGCCCUUCCUCCAGAAAAGAAACAAAAUACUGGCUCAAAGAAGAGUAAUAAAAAGAGUGGUAAAAACCAGUUUAACAGAGGUGGACAGAGAGGACGUGGAGGAUUUAACAUGCGUGGCAACUUCAGAGGAGGAGUCCCUGGAAAUCGUGGUGGAUAUAACAGGAGAGGUGGCAAUAUGCCCCAACGUGGAGGUGGAGGAGGUGGUGGCAGUGGCGGAGCAAUAGGCUAUCCAUACCCUCGUGGUCCUGUCUUUCCAGCCAGAGGUGGUGGAGGUGGAGGUGGCUAUUCAAACAGAGGAAACUAUAACAGAGGUGGAAUGCCCAACAGAGGGAACUAUAACCAGAACUUCAGAGGAAGGGGAAACAAUCGUGGCUACAAAAAUCAAUCUCAGGGCUACAACCAGUGGCAGCAGGGUCAAUUCUGGGGUCAGAAGCCAUGGAGUCAGCAUUAUCACCAAGGAUACUAUUGAAUUCCCAAAUAAAAUGAACUGAUCCAUAUUUCUUCAAAACCUUCACAAGAAGUCGACUGUUUUCUUUAGUAGGCUAACUUUUUAAACAUUCCACAAGAGGAAGUGCCUGCAGGUUCCUUUUUUAGAAGCUUUGUGGGUUUUGAUUUUUUUUUGUACAUUUUUAAUUGCAGUUUUAAAGUGAAUCUUAAAAGAACCUCAGCGUUGUGCACGAUAAGAGAAUGUGUCAGUAUUUCAGGGUUCUACAUUUUAUCUGUAAAAUGUGACUUUUUUUUACCACAACAAAAGUAAAAUGUUGCUUUGUAUCUGGUGUCCUCUUAUUAAAGAUUUUCUUUUCUCUUAUUUCCCCCCUCCCCCCCAAAUUUCAAAGAAACAGUCGUGAGUCAUCACAACAGAAAAGUUAGCAACCAGGCUUUUUGUGGCCCCCAUGAAUAUUAAUUCAAAUGUAAAUAAUGCUCAUUACACUCCAUCUUCCACUCCAUCCUCUCUAUGCGGUUUCUAGGUAUGGAAAACGGAAGGGAAAUCAGAAUAGUCUUUUGGCAAUAAACUAGGGUGUAUUUUUGUUUUUUAAUUUGGCAAAUGGUUUUUGAGGGGGGCAAAGCAAACCUAAAGCUAAAUAGUGAAGGUGGAGUGCAUAUAAAACCUGGUUGCAAUUGUCUGUGGAGGCUCAACUUGUGAAGGUACACACCAUCAACUUUUUCCAUUUGUUCUGCAUUUUGAUUCUGAAAAAGCUGGCUCUGCCCAUUUCUUAUUAAACAAACUUGUUGUAAAUCCAGUUGUCUAAUGGGAUCUAUAUGAAGUUAGCUGUGUGUCUGUAACCCUUUCCCCACAAAUACUGUGUAAUUUAGUGUGCUUGUAGUAGUAAACUCCACCAUUUUGUAAACAAAUGAAAUUGUGAUUCACCCAUUUUAUAUCUAAUUUUUAAUCAUGUUAGUUCUCAGAUGGGUGUGUCUCCUUAGCCUGCUGAUUUACUUCUCUAAAGAAAGUGGGUGGAGAAAUUAACUUUAGCCGUUUGUUUGCAAUAAAAUAAAAUCAUUUUACUCUUG